UUCACCGACGGUAUUUUUAUUUACGCCUUGUUUGUUUUCUGUUUUAAGACAGACGGCGGAAGGAAUAGCGAGUAUCAGAAGCUCCCUGGUGAAACACUUCAUUUAAAUAAGUCGGUAGAGUUUUGGUAAGACGACGCUAUUUUCCCGAGCGUUGACAUUACCGACAGACUAAUAUUUUUUUUAAUUUUCGCAGAGCUGUCAAUUGAUUUGCCUUUAUCGCGUUAAGCUAGCUUGCUAAACAACUUUACUGGAAGUCCAACGCGUGUGUUGCUACAUCCGGUAGUAGUCGCUAUGUUUAGCCCCGUGAAGUCUUCUUAUUUCAGAGUCAGCCCGGCCAUUGUCAACAGAGAACUCGGCAAGACGAAGAUGAGAUAGCAAGAGGGCUCCCCGGAGUGAGAACACUUGGUUUACUACAUAGCUCCAGCAGAACGUAGAGACAACGGAAUACGUCACUCAAACAUGUUCGGGAAUCUUUUCGAGGAAGAUGAGGAGGAAGGCUCCCCUUCGACUUCCUCCAGGGGGACCGUCGCAAAGGGGGGAGACGAGCCACCUCCGCCCCGAGGAAGAAGCAAUCUGUGCGGCAUAAAGAACCAAGGGGGGACGUGCUACCUCAACUCGCUGCUCCAAACGCUGCUCUUCACCCCGGAGUUCAGAGAGGAGCUGUUCAGUUUGGGACCAGCGGAGUUGGGAUGCCUGGAAGACAAAGACAAAGCAGGGGCCAAAGUCAGAGUGAUCCCUCUGGAGUUACAGAAACUGUUUGCCAGUCUGCUGCUGGUGGACCAGCAGAGCGCCUCCACCGCCAACCUCACCGACAGCUUCGGCUGGAACAGCAGCGAGGGAACCAAUCAGCAUGACGUGCAGGAGCUGAACAAGAUUCUGUUCAGCGCAUUGGAGCACUCUCUUGUGGGUACCACUGGAAGCACAUUUAUCCACCAGCUGUAUCACGGCACCAUUGUCAACAGCAUUGUCUGCAAGGAGUGUGGGAACAUCAGCCAGAGACAGGAGGACUUCCUGGACCUGACGGCGUGUGUUUGUGGCGUGUCGAGCCUGGAAGAGGCUUUGUGGAACAUGUUUGUGGAGGAAGAGAUGUUUGAGGGCAGUAACCUGUACCGCUGUGCACAGUGCGACCGGCUGGUCACGGCUGCUAAGUCGGCCAAGCUGCAGAAGCUUCCUCCAUUCAUGACCAUGUCCCUGCUCAGGUUCAGCUUCGACUUUGCCAAAUGUGAGCGAUACAAGGAGACGGGACGCUACAAGUUCCCCUUAACCAUCGACCUUCGGCCGUUUUGUGAAGAGACUGAUGCUGAGGACUCUGAUUACUCCUACGAGCUGUUCUCUGUGAUCAUCCAUAAGGGAGGCUGCUAUGGCGGCCAUUACCAUGUUUAUAUCAGGGACAUUGACCAGCUUGGCCAAUGGGAGCCACCGGAGGAGGAAUGCAAAGCCAAGACUCAGAAUAAUGUCAAGGAGGAAGUCAAAGAAAUGCAUGAGCCAAAACUUGAAGAAGAUGACCCUUUGUCUGUGAUCGCGGCUGUUAUUGCCCAGGAGCCAUCAAAGACUGUCCUGUCGGACCAAUUGGGACAAAAACUCAUGGAUAGGAUUGGGUCUUCCUGGAGCAAAAAGUUCAGAAAGCACUAUGGCCCAAUAGGAAAGUUCCUCCAGUCCCACAAUGAUGUGUUCAUGUUGGUGUCUAAUGGUACUCGAGUGGCACUGAAGACAAACCCGCCGAACCCUGCGACUCGGCCCCCCGGCCCAGAAAGGCAGACGACUAACUCUGAUCCAUCGACCCCGUCCGACCCCACAGCUGCUGAACAACAGCCAGAACUAGACCAGAAGUCAGGGCCCGAACAAAAGCAGGGUAGCCACUGGUUUGACCUCAAUGACUCCACAGUGACCUCCAUUAGGGAGUCUGACAUAGAGAAGCAGUUCCAGGGCAAAGAGAGUGCAUACAUGCUGUUCUACAGAAAAACACAGCUGCACAGGCCCAGCGAAGCUCUCAACAAUCCCCAAUAUAAAAUUCCUCUUGACCUCAUCCAGAUGGCAAAGGAGGAGAACAUAAGAAUUCAGAAAAUGCGCGAGGAGUUUGACGCCACCAAUAACACCGUGGAGCUGCGUCUCCAUCUGGCCCCCUCUUACAGGCUAUCACACGGAGCCCUGCAGCCAAUCGGCAACGAGCAGACCGGGAGCAGCGCUCUGAGUUUUGACCGCAGAAAGACCGUGGGAGAUCUUCGAUUAGCUAUUUAUCAGAAGCAGGAACUCUGGGAAGGGGACAUGGCUCUGACUGUGGCCAGGAGUCUUCCUGCUGGUCUACACCUCUACAAUACUUUAACAGACGACGGCGUCUCCUUGUAUCGUGCGGGCAUUUGUACAAACUCUGACCUGUUUGUGUGGAACGGCAGAGAGGUGUGCGGUGCGACUGUCCCAACUGGAGCCGAGUGGGAGCCGGUGCUGCUGAAUGUAGUCCGUCCCAAUUUGCGGGAAGAUGGGGAUCGGGAUGAGGUGGGGGGUGGAUCGGAGUGUGAGGAGGGAAGAGGAGGUUUUGAAAAUGGGGGGCCGGGGCUUAAAAGGGAGGCCAGAGGGUUUGCAGGUGCCGCGACUCUCGGGGAGGUGAGGGAGGAACUCGGGGAGCCUGAGGAGUGUCUGCUGUGCCAGGAGCAUAAGGGGGGGAAGAGAGCCGAGCAGGGGGCGGGGGAGGGCGGCGGGGCGAGUGGAUGGAGGGUGUUCCCCCCCGAUGAUAUGCAACGGACGCUCAAGGAGCUGUCGCUGAAAGACGGAGACGCGCUGUUGGUGCUGGAGCCACAGUCCCUGGACAGCAGCAUGUUCGCUCUAAACGGAGAUGUCGUCACUGUGACGACUCCGUCGGACUGCCGCUGGCUCCAGGUGGAGUUUGUACCACAGAAAGCUGGAGAAGGAGAGGAAGAAGAGGAGAUGAGGAAGAUCAAAGUUCCAGCUACAGGAAAUAUGCUGCUGUGUGAGGUGAAGCAGAGGGCCUUAGAGGAGCUGCAGCUCCCGCCGCCGCCUGCAGGUGCACGGUACUGCCUGAGACAUGUGGACUGCACAGGGAAACUCCUUCCUCCAGUGUGUGAGGAGCUGAGUGUUCGGGAUGCAGGGGUGCGACUCAUGACCACACUGACUCUCUGUCCGGGAAAUGCCCCCAAGGCAUCGCAGCUUUUCUUGCACUUCUCUGUGGGCACAGCGCCCUCUGCUGGCAUGGAGAUGGACAUCAUAGUGGAGAAAACAUGUACUGUCAAAGAGUGUCUCAAGGAAAUGCUGGAUGCUGUUCGACUUGAUGGCACCUGCUGGCACUUAAGGAGGCUCGAUUGGUGUGAAGACGUUGGAGAGCCAAUUAUGGACGAGGAUGCUUCUCUGUCGGAGCUGAAAAUAAACAAUGGGGAGACCUUGAUCGUCACAGAAGGACAACUUCCUCCCAAGGGGUUUCUCAAGCUGUCAGUGUGGCUGUGUCUGGAUGCCACAACCGACUCUGCCGUUUCCAUGGAUUUUAAUCCCACUGACGACGACCCCGCGGAGGUCGUGACUGUGGGCGACUCGCCGCCUCCGGCUGUCGGCAACACGGCGGAACCGAGAAGUGCGGGACGGGUGGAGAUAUCGGACCAAGCUACCCUGGAGGAUCUCAAGACUCAGAUGUUGACACUGCCCGCCCUUCAGGGUGUGUGUGUGCCAACCACUGCGUUCAUGCGUGUGUGGCAGCUUGAGGGACGGAGGCUGACUCGUAUCCUCAGAGGGCCGCAGCUCACUCUCAAGAAAUUGAAGCUGUCCAGUGGUACAGGCCUGUGUGUGCAACGGCUCCUCAAAGAAGAAGAACUUGGUUCUAAAGAUGUGAUCCUGAAUGUCAAAAUGGGAGUCCCAGGCGAGAGACAUUUCUACCCGCCAGAGGAGCUGGUUUGGGAUGCGGCCCGUGACUCCUCCCCUCGCUCUCUACGCUCUUGUCUGGCUUCACACUACGGCCUCUCCCCCGACUCGCUGCUGUUGGCCAAACACCAGUCGGACAAACACACCUGGGAGGAAAUCUCAAACUGGAGUCAGCAGGUGUCGAAGAAGAAGAGGAGGAAGGCUGAAUCACUCCUGGGGCCACCGUUUCACCUCAAAGAUGGCGACACAGUCGGCAUCAAGAAUCUUCUGAUUGAUAACAACAGGAGCUUCCUGACCCUGGAGGACGAGCAGAGCCAGCUGAGGCUCAGGGAGCAAGCGGAGCAGUGCAGGAAAGGAGCCCAGGCCACAGGCUCUGAGGGUGUUGGACCACAGAAGAAGACCGGACCGACCAAAUCCAGGAAGCCAGAGGUAGCGCUGUCGAUCAACGUUGGAGUCUUCCGGUAGCGCUCUGCUCCCGUGGGCGCACGGACAAAUCCAAUCUACCUAGAAAACUACACGCACUUACACACAGAGGCCAUGAUGCAAUUGGGACAAUCCGCUUGACGUCGGUCUGAUGCCAUUUACUUUUCUGUAUUUCUCCACAAAUCCCUCAAAACCAACUGCAAUUGAAAUCUUUUGUUGGCGGGAAGAGAACGAGUUUCAUUUUGUCAACUUGAUGAAGUGUUUUGUAACAAUGGAGCGUGACUUUCAUUCUUUCUAUACGAUAUCUCGGGAUCUCUUGGAAGAGGCCUCAUGUUUGUUGUCUUCCUCUCGACAAGCUUUCUAAAUACGGACCGCCACUCAUGCCCUUUUUUAAAUUACAUUGUAGUUUUAUUAUCCGAGAAAUAUUCGAGGAGGGUUUGACCUUCAGGAAAUCUUAGCUGCAUGACUCAAUAGUUAAGAGAAGCAGAAAAAAAACAGUUUUGAAGUAUUUUUAGUUUUUUUACAGGCCGGUAGUUCUAUAAUCAUGCUUGUGUAUACUGGAGCUUCUUUCUCAUCGCCACUUCUUUAUAAAAUAUAGCAAUAAGGAUGGCUGCAUACUUGUUGCCGUCCGCUAGUGGCUGUACAAUUUCCACUUGUUUAAUACAUUUUUCAGCACAAUAAGCCAUUAGUAAAAGGAAAUCAACCUCCAUUAGUUGUUGUUUACAAGGUGUUUUAAUUGCUGCUUAUUUUUAUGAUAAACCUGUCACUAACCGCCGAUGACCAACGCGGUUAUCAUGGCCUUGUUUUGGGUCGGCGUGAGAGGAGAGGCGGGCCUUAAUGUGGAGGCGUCUCGAUGUCGCGCCGUCCUCCCUACCUCACUCUCUCCCGCUCUCAUUCUACCUCUCCUGUCUUCACCCCCAAGUUCUACAACUCGACUCGUGUUUUAACCCGAAGUACCUGCUCUUAGUUUACUCCGGUUAAAAGAAUACAACAAAAGUGUUCCAACGAUCCAUAGAGGGAUCAUUUGGGUUCGUGCAUUUUCCACUUAAAAUGUGACGUGACACUCGAACUGCUGAAAUGUAGAUUGUCUGCUGUUUGUUGACUUGGAUGAUGUUUAUUCGGCACGCUGCAGCCUCUUUAUUGCUGACGAUUGAAGCAGACUGUCUUCAUUUUCAGGUCAAUCUAUAUUUAAUUUUUAAAGAAAUAUGGGUGUGGAGCCAAACUGUAACAGCUGUGCUAACAAAUGAUUUAGCUGCUUUCAAGAUAUACUUUCACAGAUUCAAAUCUUUUCUGUUUCAGUUGCAUGCAUAUAUGUGAACUUCAGGGAAGUUAAAAAGGGUUCUUAUGGAUCAUUUAUUUGAAAAAGUAACAGAAUUUUUAACUGUAUGAAGUGGGAUAUUUUCUUCUGAUUAAAAAAAAAACCCGUUUCUUUAUAAUUUGUUUGAUUCAUAUAUAGAUAUACUUAAUCAGUUCUUUUAUUUACAAUAUACUCUGCAAUAGUCAAAUUUAGUUUGGGUGGUCAAUAAGUUGUUGGUUAAUGACAACUGUAUUACAGUAGAUAUGUUUGUACACUAUGAACAAUAAAGUUGACUGCUGAUGAA